GCAGCGUUAGCAUUACCUCUCGUACUCCAAUGAAAAGCUUGUAAAAUCACGGAUUGUUUCGCAGUUUAUAUCAUGUCGAAAAGAUCAUUUGCUGCCCUGGUUCCAGUAGCUAAAUCGUAGAUGAGCGCACUCCAGUGUUACUUAAGUGAGCAACUACACAGCGGACUGUACAAGUAGUUUCACAGCGCACGUCCGCCACAAGACGACGUGCUUUGCUAUUCGUUUGGCUGGUGUGUGGAUGUGAACAAGCUGGCGGGUUCAUAACAAACAAGGGACAUUUUCUUCCGUCGCCACCCCACAAUGGACGGUCAUAUCAACAUCGAUCAUCAUCAUCAUCAUCAGCUGAAUGCAACGGCACAAGAUGCAGCUGACGGGCGCGGCGCACGGAACCGCUGGCAGAAAAUGCCCACAGACGCCACCAACAGCUCUCCACAUCCGUCCUAUGGGACUACCGAUUCCAUCCCGCAGGUGACAAUACGCGAUACUAGCAGCCGUGGAAGAGCUGGUACAUCCGCUGGUGGUCCAACGGGGAACUCCGCCCGCCAAAGGCAACAGCAACAGCAGGAGCAGGAACACGCGUUAAACGAAGAAGAGGGACUGAAGUAUGGUGCGCAGCAUGUGAUAAAACUGUUCGUUCCGGUAACCCUGUGCAUGAUGGUCGUUGUGGCCACGAUUAGCUCCAUCAACUUUUAUACUAUUAAGGACGUGUAUCUCGUGUACACACCUUUCCACGAGCUGACCGAUGACACGGGCACCAAAAUAUGGAACGCACUGGCGAACUCGCUGAUCCUGAUGACGGUGAUCGUAAUCAUGACCAUCCUGCUGAUCGUCCUGUACAAACACCGCUGCUACAAGGUCAUCCACGGUUGGCUGAUUCUGUCGUCCCUGUUGCUGCUGUUCCUGUUUAGUGGCCUUUACCUGUUUGAAAUUUUGCGGGCGUACAACGUGCCGAUGGAUUGGUUUACGGCGGGACUGCUCGUUUGGAACUUUGGCGUGGUGGGCAUGAUUUCGAUCCACUGGCAGGGCCCGUUGCGAUUGCAGCAGGGCUAUUUAAUUUUUGUGGCCGCGCUGAUGGCGCUGGUGUUUAUCAAGUAUCUUCCAGAAUGGACAACGUGGGCAGUUCUAGCUGUGAUAUCAAUUUGGGAUCUGAUUGCCGUACUUACCCCUAACGGACCUUUGCGUAUCCUGGUUGAAACGGCACAGGAGCGAAACGAGCAGAUUUUCCCUGCGCUUAUCUAUUCAUCAACUAUCAUGUAUUCCUACCUCGGCACACACACGGACCCGGACGGGCCGGCGCCUUUGACAGGCGAGCGGACUAUUGGCACGGGGGGUGGUGGUGGAGGAAGUCGACCGGCGGCAGGUGGAUAUGGGGCAGUGAACAAUCACGCCGUUCCGUCCACGCCGCAAACCGGAGCAACCGUAGAAGGUAUGCCACUGGUUGCCAUUCGCAAUGAUAGAACGCAUGAUUUACCCAGGGAUCAAACAGCUGGUUUCACACCGGAUUGGGCUGCAUCGGCUAACCAAAGAGUUACACGGCGGCAAAUUGAAGUGCAGGCGAACAUCGCCAACAAUCCGUCCCGGCCCGAGUAUCGCACGGUCACCGCAGAGGCAAAUCGGGGUGGAACCGUUCAGCAACCGGGUGCUGCCGCCAUCUACGACCAGGCGGAAGAGCGAGGCAUUAAACUCGGCCUAGGAGACUUUAUCUUCUAUUCCGUGCUGGUGGGCAAGGCAUCGAGCUACGGAGACUGGAACACGACGAUUGCAUGCUUUGUGGCAAUCCUGGUGGGUCUUUGUCUUACGCUGCUACUGCUGGCUAUCUUUCGCAAAGCGCUGCCGGCCCUGCCGAUCUCUAUAUUCUUCGGACUUAUCUUCUGCUUCGUGACCAGCGUUAUCGUGAAACCGUUCACGGAAGCACUAACGCUGGAACAGGUGUUUAUUUAGUUAAUUGCAGCAGCAGCAGCAGCAGCGUUGGCCAGCAGGGCCACCAAUUUCCACAGAGACCGGCGCGGCUAGAUGGAUGAAGAACCCAAAUGGAAAUGUGUUCCAUCCACAAGCUGUGUUUUCCAGCAUAUCUCUAGCUCGUUUAUUUAUAUCAUCAGCGUAUUUUAAUGUGUAUUUCGAGAGACAGGAACGCUACCGACACACUACUAACAACGGAGGCAACAACUGACACAGUGUAGGGCGAGAAACAGUCGGCCCUGAGGAGCCGACAAGUUUGAAACAAUUGGAAAUAGCAGACUUAUUAUGCGUUGCUUACAUUUUAUCAUUGUGCAAUUGUGUAUUCCGUGCAUCAGUACAUACGUAAGUGUUCGUAUGAUAGAUAAAUGUUGUCACCUGUUGUAUCCUGAAUAUGUGUGGCAUAAUUCCGGUGUGAUCCGUGUCACUGGCAGAAGCGGUAAAUCCCUUUUUUCAAUCGCUGUGCAAGUGGGGAUAAACUGUUUUGCAUUUCUUUCAAGCUCGAACUCGGUGUACUAACGUCGCUCCAGGUCGUCCAGGUAGUCUAGGUGUACUUACCGAGUCAAGUUCAGUGGCAGGAGUUUUUGGAAUUGCACAGGAGCGACUUGACUGCAUAGAUGAAAUUUGUACCAUUUUAAAGCGCGGGAUGUAAUAUCGUUAUGCUAUUUCUUUUCUUUACAUAAUAUACAAACCAUAAAAACAAUAAUACCCUA